AUGGACGGUCCUCGCUGGUGGAACAAUAAGCUGUGGCAAUCCACGGACGUCCCAGUCAAUGGUGUGAGGCACCUGUCUGCCUGGCAAAAUUCCACCAGCUCAGGCAAAGGUUUUGAUGAACUCCAGUCCCAUCAGAUCAUCCUAGAGGCCGAUCCAUCAACACCCAGUACAUUGCCAAUCUUCCAGCCGCUGCGAGUCAGAAGACGGAGUGCCCAGUGUUUCAGUCCCCGUGGCAAUGGACUAAAGAGUCCCUCAGAACGCUCUACGCAGAGCCAUCGUUAUUCCUGGAGCCCACGCUCAUCAAUGGGGGCCAGACGACCGAUUGAUUCCACCUCUUCCUUUUCUACAGCCCCCUCAACGGUUACUGGUCCACAAAUGGAUCGUUUUCCCGCUCCGCUUAGCGUAAUUCGUCUUCUAACUGCGGGAGCGAAGUCAGAACCUCAAAGUACCCCCUUUCGACCCCUCGGCUCCCUGCGCGUCUCCUAUCGCCCAAAACAGUAUCCCGUUAAGCCCCCACCGACGCAACAACAACAAAAACAACAACAACAACAGCAGCAACAACAACAACAACAACAGCAAAAACAGCAAAACCAUGCACAACCAGAUAAAGCUCUAGGUCGGGAGACCUCUGGAGGUGCAACUCCUCGCACUAACUCCUGUGUUCGCAUGGCAAACAUGCGCUUUUUGACUCCUGACGGAUUUUCCUCCACCAGUCUCCAGUCGGUUGAGCGUCAUAGUCCAUCCCGUGCUACUACAGCCAGUACCAUUGCUGAACGAAGGACCUACACGCAGUCUGGGCGUCCAGAUCCUCCAUCGGAGACCCCCAAGACCAGACGAACAGGUUCUAUGCUCACCACUGCAUUUGUCAACACCAAACUGCGUCCAAAGACAGUAGAUUCCGGUAGACCCCCCGCACUUGUUGGUUCCGUUGUGCCUCAACCAUUCACAUCUACUAAGUACAUUAAACUGCAGCAGUCGAGCCGAACAGAGGAGAAGGCUAUGAGCAGCACCGCCACCGCGGUAGUAACGACGAUGUCGCGCCUGAACGGUCUUGGUAGGCGACCGUACAACGACUCAGAGACCAUGGGGCCAAUUGACAUCGACGCUUCCGUUAGACGUGAGCAGAAAUCCGGACGCAGUGUGCGCACUGCAGUUGCUUCACAAAGUGAUAAGUCUGAAAACUACUCCGCGGACAGCCAGGCGACACCGGAUAAUGUAGCAACCUGCAAACAACCAGCCAGAAGCCCAUUGCUGGCCCAUGAAACCUCGGGACUGAGCAAUAAACAGAGUUAUCAGGCCACCAAGGAGAUACCCUCCUACCUCGCCAACUUCUAUGCUGAGGUGAAGGCGAACCAACCGCAGGGAACUUCCCAAGACUCUGGUAAGACAGAUGAACCGAAAGUACUCCCUACUCAACGGCGAGCGUUCGAAGAGUUUGAGGAGGUGAUUAAUCUUCCUGAGAAAUCCUCUCAGGCGGUGUUGAGGCUGGAGACCGUCUCUACAGAGGCUUUUAUCAACGAGGCGGAGACAGUGACGGCAGACACUACGGCCGUCGGCAUGCCCCUCGCCGAAAGUUGCAAGUCUGAACCAGUUGAAACGGCAUACCAAACAGCAGAAAUGUCCACUGAACCUCAACUACGACAGCCACCUGCAGUUGUCAGCAACGGACUGUCUACCCACGCAACUUCAGAGCUCCAAAUGGGCAGUGAGACACCACCUCAGCGGCUAAUGAAUGUGGAGCCACAUUUAAGCCCGCCCAUUUUGCUCCCCAGUAGGAUCACUACUGCUGAUGCUGAUUUGACGCAGGCGAAACCUACGGAGAGACCCAAGUCCAUACUUAAAAAGCUCUCCCCAAUGCCCGGCCAGGAGUACGGCCGUGGUGGCACAACCAGCGCCACACGAUGGCUGGCAUAUUUGACGCAGCAAGAAGCCGAGGUGAGUGCGGCCGGCGCCGCCGUCGCUGCUGCGGGAGCGGCGCCUGCCACAGGCUUCUUGAAGUCGCCCUCGGCCGGGGUGUACUUCCGGUGCCUUUCUUCACCCCUGGAAAUCUCCCCGACCCCCGAACGUGCAGUUGCUCGGCCAGAACGUUUGCGAGACCGCCGUGGAGUACGCUUCGAUACGCGCAGUAAUUCGGAGCUCGAAUUUAAUGUGUACGAAGCAAGUUACAUGCUGGAUAGAAAGAUGGCCCGGAGUGCCAUUUCGCGUACGUCGGAGCAUAGUUUGAGGUACUGUACCAUCGCACAGGCAACAGCCCCCCUUUCCUCGCCCUCGUCGUCACCCUCGUCAUCGUCGUCGUCCUCAUCCUCCUCGUCCCCUCUCUCCUCUGACAGUGAAGAAUGCGUUUGA